CUACUGCGGUGGAGCCACGGUAGGUUGCAGAGCAAUGACUUGUGGUUCAUGAGGCAACAGACCGGGAGACAUCAAUGGUGGAGUACGCAUCCAUUCAGGGAAAGGUCUGACAGAGACCGUUGCUUGGGCUUACAUGGAGAGCUGAGACUGAAUAUGAGAUUAACGUCCUUAAUGAUGUACAUAUCGUCGGUUGUGGUAUUUAUUUUGUCUGUAUAUAUCGAAUUUUCUGAAGCUGCACCUCGCAUCAGUCUAUACGAUGCGUCGCCUAUCUCCGGGAAGCCAGACACAGCCUCCGACACCUGGGAGACCUUCCAUACAGAUAUGCCUCGCCGUUGGUUCGCGUUGACACAGUCUUCUGCUAUUGGCAUACCAAACCAUAUCCCAAAAAACAGCCUUCUAUCUGCCACAACUGAUCCGACGAGCACCGAUUUCGACUCCGGGAUCAUUUUAAGAGCGAAAGGAGACAACACGGCGCCGAUUUCCAGGUUAAGCGCCCCCCGCAAAAGAUCCGCUGAUGCACACACAUCACUCUUUGCCCCAGAGAAAAUGCUACAGACAAUGACGUCCAUGGUUUCGCAACGGACAGACAACGAUGCGUGGUCGGCAGAUAGUGUCGACACUUCUGUUACCUCAGUGGAGAAUAGUCAAGAUGGCUUCUGUAACUGCAGCACUGGAGGAGAGGGGAUUUUGUAUCCGGAGGAGUGUAACCAGAGCACUGGUCAGUGCUCUUGUCUGGAUGGCUACAGUGGCCUACAGUGUGACGACUGUGAGGAGGGGUACUUUACCAAUGGCACCAGCGGCUGCCUACCCUGCGCCUGUGACUCAUUUGGUGCAGUGAGCCACCUAUGUGACAGCUCAGGGAUAUGUGUAUGCAAGGCAGGAGUCUAUGGACCGAAGUGUGACGAGUGCCACCCAGGGUUCUUCCACUUCAGCAGCACUGGAUGCCAGCCCUGCCAGUGUAACAACCAAACCAACUACUGCCAUCCACAGUCAGGUGUGUGUCUGAACUGUGAGGGCAACACCCAGGGGUCCAAUUGCGAGGAGUGCAAGCCAGAUCAUUACCGCAGCCGUAGCACUGACUUGACUGAAGCCUGUGUCCUAUGUCCCUGCUCCAACUCUUCCUCCACUGGCAACUGUCACACUGAUCCCAGUGGCUUCCCAGUGUGUGACCAGUGCCUUCACCUGUACUCUGGCCCACUCUGUGACCAUUGCAGCGCCGGCUUUUACAAAGCUUCCGGGGCUUGCGUGCCAUGUGACUGUAGUGGUAAUGCAGAUCUUCAGGGUCCCAACCAGCUCUGUCACCCCGACACUGGCCACUGCCUCAGCUGCAUUAACAACACCACUGGGCCCCAGUGCCAGCUCUGUGCUCGUGGGUUUGCAGGGGACGCCCGGGCUCAUAACUGCAGCCGUCUAAAGCCUCAGCACAUUCCCACACCAGCAGGUCAGACCACAACUGAGGUCCCCACCUCCAGUACUGCUUCCUCCUCCAGCAACAGUCUGACCACGACCAUACCAAGAGGCAUUCCUGCCUCCAUAUCCAGCGGCAACUGGAGCACAACACUGAGCACCGCCGCUACCACUCAGGCCCUGCUGACCAGUCUGAGCAGCCCCACUGACAACACCACAGCAGCUCUGACUGACGUCUCCUGGACGCAGUUCAACAUCAUCAUUCUGGCCGUCAUCAUCUUGGUGGUGGUUGUGCUCUUAGGCUUUGUCGGAGGCGUGUACACUUACAGAGAAUACCAGAACCGGAAGCUCAACGCACCCUUCUGGACCAUCGAACUGAAAGAGGACAACAUCAGCUUCAGCAGCUAUCACGACAGCAUUCCCAACGCUGAUGUGUCUGGCCUCCUGGAGGAUGAGGCCAACGAGGUGGCACCCAAUGGUCAGCUAGCCCUCACAACACAGGGCAACUGCUACAAGGCAUAGCGAACCUCCCAUCCUAGGACUGGCAUUCUCACAAUUACAGAUCACUUAAAGCUGCUGCAAAGUACCAAACCCAAAGCCCCCUCUUGUAUGACUGACUGCUGUCUGUGGCACUUCACAGCUCCUCAAACCGAGAGCGACAAGCCACAAGUGAGAGAAUACAUUUCCCCUUUUUUUAUAUGAUUUUUACGGGGAAUGAGUGACAAGUGUCCAAACAAGUGUUUUAUUGAUGUAGUGUUUUCAGAGGACAGUGUGCUGAGUUGUUUGGUAAUUGGAGCUUGUAUGCUGAAAUAAUGAUCUCAGCACCACUUAGAGGACUUAAAUGAGCCAAGCAUUUUCACAUAUUUGUAAAAUGGACUUUUGACUGUUUGAGUUGAUCACUCUUACUUGUGGUCUUAGACUGAGACAAUGAUUGUUAUUUAAUUCUUUUUUUCUGUUAUAUAUUAUUUAUUGGUUGACGUUUCAUUCGUGAGAGAAAUGCUGCACAUAUAUGAUGUGUUUUUUCAUGGUAUUUUAUCUUGUGUACCUUUGAAUGGUAGGUUUACUUGACCAAUUUGUUUAUGUUUCGUUUGUGUGUUUUCCAGAGAGGGGACAAUGAAGGCUGCUGGCAUAUGCAUCAGUUGUUUAUAGCUUCCUAUCUCUUUUCUAAAAGCAUGCCAGUACUCCUGAUGUAUCCUAGAGGAGUGUUUCUUUCAGAUGCCUCAACAACCAUGUAUGAAAACACACUUAUGACAACUGCAGGCCAGUGACUUGUAAAAUGCUUGCAGAAGCCACCGCCAUACACUUGCAAUCUAAUCUGCUCUUUUGCUGAGGUUGGCAGCAACCACUUGAGAAAGUGAUCAGUUUAAUGUGGAGGUGGGGCUUGAUGACGAAACCUCAGGUAAUUAUUAUCUUUAAAACAUAAAUAAUUGACAAAUAUAAAUUUGGUUAUGAUGUGAGACCAGUUAGCAUGUAGUAAACAUUCCUGAACCUGCUGAGGAUCACGGAUCACCUUCACAUAAAAUUUGCACCGGUAUGAAAUGUUCAUUGUAGUCUGUGUGGCUCCGAUUUCUAUUGUUUGGCUAUGCUAACUUUUACCACAGAGAAUGAGUAAUGCUAAUUGUGAGACUUAAUUCCUCAGGUACUGGCUCUUUCCCUAAUGUGAUCUCUGUAAAUGUGUACAAUGAAUUAAUGUGAAUAGUUGUACAGGUAGAAUAUUGUGUGUUCAGUCACUCAGCGGGCUCCCAACCCUCUCACUUACCAAGGCACCAUGUUGCAAGUAAGCCCACAGACGUUUAUAUAUUUUCUUUUUCUGAUUGUCACUGUCAUACAUGCAGAUGGGG